GACUCAUGUACUCAUAAAAAGGGAGCUCAGCCGCCCGACCAGCACAUUCGUUGAACCAUUCGUACGAGGUACUUCUCUGUGAAUCAACAUCCCCCAGCAUCGUCAUGCCACCCAAGGCAAGUGGUAAAGCUGUGAAGAAGGCAGGAAAAGCCCAGAAGAACAUUAGCAAGAACGACAAGAAGAAGAAGCGCAAGAGGAAGGAAAGCUACGCUAUCUACAUCUACAAGGUGCUGAAGCAAGUUCAUCCAGAUACUGGAGUUUCCAGUAAAGCUAUGAGCAUCAUGAACAGCUUCGUCAACGACAUCUUUGAACGCAUCGCUGCCGAGGCUUCUCGACUGGCUCAUUAUAACAAGCGCUCCACCAUCACGUCGCGUGAGGUGCAAACUGCUGUUAGGCUGCUUUUACCUGGUGAACUGGCUAAGCACGCUGUCAGUGAAGGUACUAAGGCCGUCACCAAAUACACCAGCUCCAAGUAAAGCUACUUGGCUUAAUCAUCAACAUUUUACAAAAUCGGUCCUUUUCAGGACCAACAAAUUUUCAUUACGUUAGAUUCAACUUUUGUGACACUAUUUAACGUAUUUUGAAUUUUUGCUAACAGAGCUCUCUAUUAUUUCACAUUGAAGGUAUUUUCUUUACUGAAAGCGUAUGUAGCUAAAAAAGUUUUAAGGUUUCAAUAGUCUAAUUGGAACGAAGCGGAUAAACAAAACAGCCUGAAACAUAUGUAUAGCAUUCUAAUCUUGAACAUGAAAACAAUAUUUUUGUGUUACCAGUCACGUAACAUAAAUUCAUUGCUGUUAAGAAAAAAAUAUAUACAUAAUUAAAAAUUUUCGUUUCCGAAACAAUUCCAAUUCCAUAUGAACAAAAAAAGAUAUGUACACUCAUUUACAAUUCUAAAAUCCAAUUACUUUUUGUGGCAUUAAUGAUUUAGCAUAAUCUUGAUUUUUUUAAUAAAUAAUUCCGGUAUAUGUCAGAAUAAGAAUUGCGUCAGACAAAUUAAAGGAAACGUUAAAUCUUCAAUAAGACUUAAAAAGAGGUUAACACUAGUCGAUGAACGUGAAAUAUAAAAACUCCUAGUAAGUACUUUGAAAACAUUGAAUUUGAUCAUAUGACAUGUGUCGUCACCUAUAAUUGUUUCUACGAUGUGAUGUCCGGAAACAAGUUUCAAAUUGUUUUCACAAUAAAUAUCUUCUUCAGA